AUGAAGAAAACCAGUUCUUCUUUAUGGAGCAAUGAUAGUGGUUCAGUUUCCAUAGAAAGAAGCUCUAGCAAAGGAAAUCUUCAAAUUAUGUUGGACGAAGGGGAAUAUGCUCCUUUUACAUCUACUCCUAUGUUAGAGAGCAAUUUUAUUCAGGUCAACAAGAGAGGAGAGUCCGUCUACCUUCAUAACCGAGCCAACUGGGUGACUGUAGGCAUCUGUGCUUCUAGCCCCAAUCUCAAUUUUCCCAAUGUGAUGUUGCUGGCACACCUGGAAUCUAACUCCAAGAAGGAUGAUGAGCCGACAUUUGAUGAUGUCUUGAACCCCACCUCUGAAGUUCAACUGGUGCUCAGCAGGGUUCUCCCCUUGCAGUUUGUGACUAUUUCUGUUCAUGAUGCUCCGAAAAUGUGCCUCAAAAUAAAGCUGGUGAGUGGACAUGCCUACUAUCUUCAGCUCUGCGCCCCCUCACAUAAACAGGAUGUUCUAUUCCAACAAUGGAUUGAGCUCAUCUCUCUCUUGGAGUCUGCUAUAAAAUCACAGAAGGCCACUGCCUUUACAGUAGACCAAAAACUUUCGAAAGUCCAUGAGAACACGGACAAAAUGACCAAUGCUGAGGAUGAUAUUCAAAUAAACAAGAUAAGUGAGCAGCUUGUGCAUUUACAAGAUCCAAAAAGUGAUAGUAUCCUUGAGAAUGAGCCGUCUAAUAAUAUCAUAAUCUCUGAAGUAACUUUUGAAGAAUGUGAGAGUAAAUCAGAAGUGAAUAAUCAAACCAACUUGAAACAAAGUGUAACUGUUAUACAAAAGGAGAUAAAUGAUCCUAACUUUGAUGAAAAGAAGAUUGUUGUUACAGAGCCAGCCACCGAGGCAGAAGAGUUAAGGGAUUCCAGAAAUGAUUUAGUCACUACAGGCUUGUAUAGUUUUUCAGUUUUCCCUCUGGUUAGCCUUUCUUUUCCUUUCUCUACUUUCCUCUAA